AUGAGCGCCGCCGCCGUUCGCCCUCCCGUCGCAGGAACCCCCCUCUCCCAAUCGCCCCCAAAUCCGUCCCGCCCUACCGUCGCAACCAAGGCCCAGCUCCCCCGUCGCUCGUUCUCCCUGGAUGAACAUCGCCCAGCUCCCCUGUCGCAGCCAAGCCGCCGUUCGCCCCCAAAUCCGUCCCGCCCUACCGUCGCAACCAAGGCCCAGCUCCCCCGUCACUCGUAUCCGCCCUACCGUCGCUCGUUCUCCCUGGAUGAACAUCGCCCAGCUCCCCCGUCGCAGCCAAGCCGCCGUUCGCCCUGGAAUUCCGAGUUCAGUCGCUGCGGACCGGCGCCGUUGAGGAGGAAGGAGGAUGAAGCAGCCUACUACCUCACCCAAUUGAAAGAUUACUCGGCGGAGCAUUGCAUGUCUCAGAAUGAGACGAUGUCUUAUACUUCGUAUGUUUCUAAUGGUGAUACUGUCUCCAUUGGUGCGCUGCAUCUCCAACUCAGCCGUUCCUCAGACUUUUCUCUCCGAUCAGAGCAGCCUUGCCUCCAGCCCUUUCAAAUCCCUUCUGCCCUCCGUAAGUACUUCCAAGUCUUAACCCCUUUGCAAAGCACUGUUGGAGAGAGGUAA